AUGAGUGAAGAUAUCCCCAUAGAAACUCCAGGGCCAGAGUUUAGUGUCGCCUUCCUAGCUCUUAUCGUUUUCUCUGGACUGACUGUCACCACCAAUAGCCUCAUCCUGGCUGCCUUCUACGUCGAGAAGAAACUGCGGACAUACAACAACUGCUACGUCUUCAACAUGACUAUUGCAGAUUUGGUCGUGGGACUAUUCUGCAUGCCCAUACUUUCUACGAUCCAUCUCUUCAACGGUUGGCCCUUUGGGAAGGUGGCGAGCAUUCUGUUCAUGGGGUUCCAGAAUUCGAUCCUGGCUGUGUCCGUGUGUGGUGUUGUCGUAGUGUGCAUUGAUCGUUACUUAGCUACGUUCUUUCCCAUCCUGCACUACCAGAGACGGAGUAUCCGCAAGGCUGUGGUGGUCAACAUACUCACCUGGGUCGCAUCAUUCGGAGUCUGGAUGAUGGUCACGUCCGGUUGGGACUUCAUCAAGCCAACCAACCUUGUCAUCUCCUCCGGCCUCUCCAGACCAAACUACAACCUGACCUACACAGCAAGCCUUCUUGUAUUCUUUCUGAGGUUCGGAUUGCCGUUUCUUCUGAUGACUGGUCUGUACAUCCGAAUUUACUUCCGUGUUAAAAACAUCGGCAGUAAAAAUCUCACAAAGUACUUUAACAGGGAGAGGGGCGUUGAAAAAGGACAUGCAAAAUCCGCUCCCCUGAUGACAUCGACUGAAGAAACAACUAUCUCAAGUGUUUCUUUGGAUAUGAUGAGCAAUGCAGGAGCGGCUAUUGGUGUCGCGAAUCCACAGAUCGGUGACGAAGAGUUUUCAAAUGGAAUUGGAGGUUUGAUGGCCUCCGCCGGUCCGACACGAACAUAUAAGAUCAUGCCAAGAGAUGACGAAGAAAAUGUGACGUCUCGGAGCAACGCUGUUUCGAAGGAACCCAAGAAAGAAUCGAGAACCGAAGGACGAAAGGCAAUGCGGACCAUGACCAUGAUUGUCCUGGUGUUUAUUCUGACCUGGCUACCAACGGCAGUCUCGGUCACCAUGUACGCCCUGGCUCCUGAUUUCUACCGAACCAUCAGUAAGUCCAUCAGGUUAUCUGAGAUAACACGCUGGAUUGCCUUCAGCAACAGCCUGGUGAACCCUUUGGCUUAUGCCAUGGCUCAACCCCUCUUCAGAAAGACCAUCAUUAAGAUCCUGCGGCGUUGUGUUGAUAGAAAAUCUCAGAAAUAG